ACCCCACACACACACACACACACACACACACACCAGUGAAACUCACACAUCUCCCAAUUUACAAAUCUGCUUUCAGUCCCAACGCACUCCUGUCACUUUAAAUGAGCACUCAACGUCACGGCGAAGCAAAGGUCGGCCGUGUCAUCUGCAUUUAAGUUAAAAGACGACUGUUAAAAUGCUAUAUAUUGACAGAUAAUUUCAUUUACAUAAAGGGAUUAAACACGUCAUGUUUUUUAAACGACGACAACACAUGUUUACUAUGUCAUCGUCAUUUGGACGACUAUAAAAUUCUCCUCCAAAGGCCCCGGGUCGUACCAUUAUGUCGAGUGGCGGGGGUCCCGAAGUGAUUCGCGUUAAUAAAGCAUUCCUGUCUGCACUGGUUUGCGGUUUAAUCGCGUUCGUGGCGUUGAGAAAGUUUUCUUUCCCGUGUCUGACACAACCCACUCGUGAAAUAUGAGCUUGAUGAGAUGCUUGAACUCCCCUCGACGAGUCGUCCCGAAGUCCCGCAUCCACAGAUUCGAGCUCGCGACCGGACAGAAGCGCGACUCACGUCUUCGACGCUCUUUCGCUGCUGCGCGUUUUCCACGUGCUGUCAUUCCAAUCGACUUAGAUCGGAGCCGUUGUGAUCGGACGGGACUGAGUUUGCGCUUCACGUCGUCUUUGCACAAUAUGUAUUGUUGGAAGUGUUGCGAAGGUAAUAUCUGAUCGCGACCGCAGUGCGCGUCAGGCCCGGAUCUAGAGGAGCGUUUGACAGAUGUGUAGCUCGGAAAUCUACUGUCGGUCGUGAUGGAUCUGAAUUUUUACUCGGAUUUAUCGGACGGAACCGGGCGGUCCGAUGAGCCGGAGUUUCUGGACGCUCAGGCGUUUAACGGGUUCGACGCCGUUCAGAAGUUCCCGGGAGGCGGUGAGAACUACCUGACCAUCAGCGGAGAGGGUCAUCACUUUCUCUCAUCAGCAGAGCCGUUUCACACACCCAACCUGGGCGAUGAGGAGUUUGAGAUCCCGCCCAUAUCUCUGGACCCCGACUCUUCGCUGGGCGUUUCUCACUUCGGAGAGCUGGGUGAUGCUGGUCCAUCGUCCGGCGUGCCGGGGAACGCCGUGGUCGGCGGGAACGAUCCUUCUUUCGCCUCCACAUUUGUGAAUGCGCCCUCGCAGGGCCUGGAGCAUCUCGGUCUGAUGAGUCAGCAGGGGGCCGGACCCAUGCUCGGAUCCACCCUGGGAAUGGAUCUCAGCCAUCCUCUUGGUUCGCAGUUCAGUAGCUCUUCGCCGAUGACCAUUGACGUCUCUCUGGGUGACAUGAACCACGGCCUGUUGGGGCACAACCAGCUGACCACUAUCGACCAAUCGGAACUGAGCGCCCAGCUCGGGUUGAGUCUAGGUGGCGGCCCCAUUCUGCCGCGCACACGGUCGCCUGACCAGCUGCCGUCUGACGCCGGCUCGCCGUCUGAUUCGCUGCAGGACGAUGACGUGGACGAUUUCAGACAAAAGAGCUUGCUGGUGGAUUCACCCGUCUCUCUCUCCGUGGUCUCUCUCUCGCCCUCUCGGUCGGAUCCGCCUGUAGCUCCGGCAUCCUCCGCUCCUCUGAGGAAAGGUGCGGGAGGAGGAGGGAAAAAGGGCAAGAAGAAGAAAGACCCAAACGAGCCACAGAAGCCGGUGUCGGCGUACGCGCUGUUCUUCAGGGACACGCAGGCCGCCAUCAAGGGGCAGAAUCCCAACGCCACAUUCGGAGAGGUGUCGAAGAUCGUCGCCUCCAUGUGGGAUAGUUUGGGGGAGGAGCAGAAACAGGUGUACAAGAGGAAGACAGAAGCCGCCAAGAGGGAAUAUCUGAAAAUGCUGGCAGCUUAUAAAGCCGGUCAGAUGUCAAAGGCAACUAUUGAAGUGUUAGAUGCUGCACCUCCAUCUCCUCCUGCAGCCCCCGAACCCACGCCGACCCCGACGCGCUCAUCUCGCAUCCCACAGUUCGCCCCGGACAACAACACCAUCACCAACAUCUGCACGUCCAACAUCAUCAUAGACCUGCCGCAGGUCACCACACGCUCGCGCACGGGGGCGCACAAACCCGCCGCAACGUCCUCUGCCCCGCCCAUUGUUACUAAAAUAGUCGUUCCCAAACAGGCGCAGUCCUCGCCUCCGACCGCUCGCCAACCUCCCCCCCUCCAACAGAUGCAGAACACCCCCCCACCCCCUCGUCUACAGCAGAUGGUACAUUCCCAGGCCCCGCCCCCUCUCCAGGCUAAACCGCGAGGGGGUGCCUGCACGGGACAAGUGACCGCAGCGGCGCCCCCACCACCUCCUUUGAAAAUCAAGAUAGUCCCCGCCCUCGUGCAGGCGGAUGUGAGCACACCCAUCAUAGUGACCACUCCUGAUGCCACACUGAUUGCAGGGGAGGAGCCCCGGCCCACCACCAUUGUGGCGGCUUUGUCACCGUCGGCAACUCAGGAGGCGGGUGAAGAAGGGAUGGAGGUGGAGUUAAACGUUUCUCCGGGUCCAGACGUGAGUCCAUCAGACGCUCCCAGUGUGUGCAUUCGUGCCGGCUGUAACAACCCUCCCAUCCACAGUAAAGAUUGGGACAGAGAGUACUGCAGUAAUGAGUGUGUGGCCACGCAUUGCAGGGAUGUGUUCAUGGCCUGGUGCGCCAUCAGAGGACAAAACUCAACCACUGUGACAUAAACACGUGACAGACAGACAGAACCACACCGUAACCUGGAGUGAAACUUCAACAACUUCAGCUGGACUAACGUUAGGUUGAUGACAACACGACGUCAUCUGAAGCAUCGUCGAGCGUCUUAAAAACUCUUAUACUGAGAAAGGCGAACAGGGAUUUCCAUGCGAGUUUACGCUGAAAAGCAUCUGAAAUGCUCAUGGUUUAUAAUGAGGUAAACUGUGAAUGUGAUCUGCAGUGUCGGUGUGUUUCACUGGAUCAUUUAAAGGUACACAAACAUCAACAUGAGAUAAACAACAUGAGACGUGCAUUAUAACUAAGGCUGGGUGAUAUACCUCCAAUUGAGUUUUUCCAUGAUGCUCCAUUGUUCGUUCUUGACGGAGAUUAAAUGAUCAUGGACUCCCAUUGCCGUCUUCAGGACAUUGAGAUUUUAUACAGUUACGUCAAAAUCAUUUCAUGAUAUUCUAGCAUUUGAUGUCUUCAGCAUAUCAUCUAAUAUUUGAUAUAUUGCCCAGUCUUAAUUACAACAAACUCAAGAGCAGAAACACAAGCGCGCGUGUGUACACUUGAUGCCGCAUUCAAGCGCUCCACGCACUGUAUCCGCCAUCUUGGAACAGUCCACAGACUUCACUCACAGUUGACAUUUGGUUUUUAUCAUGUGUUAGUGUAGCAGGUAUAAUGUUUCAGUUUACAAGACAAUAAACAGGUUUUCAUUAUCAUACAGAGCAGACAGCUUGAUCUUGAGUGUUAACCGACCGGUGUCAUGAGGUAUCGAGUCCCCCCUCGAAUUGAGUCCCCUUUAGGACCCCGAGUGAUUCUAUUGGCUGAAAGAACAUCUAUUUGGGUACUCUUUUAGCGCCUGAUUCAAAUUCUUACAAAAUAACAUGACGAGGCAUGUCACUAGAACUUUGCUAAAAUUAUCAUUAACGUCUUUUACAUUAAGUGUUUGCUAUGCUAGUGUGUAUAUGAGGCUAAGGGUUGUCAACGCACCCGUAUUAGACGGGACAUCCCAUAUUUUAUGCCUGUCUGAUUUGUCCUGUACGUGACUUUGCAUGUGCUUUUAAUUGUCUGCUCCGCUGAUCUAACCUGUGAUUGAAGCAGCGAUCACGACACUUGAGAAUGAUUUUGUUUCUGAAAACAAAAACAGAAAAUAUGUAAAUGAGAACGGCUUUAUUGCGCAAAAUAUUGUAUUAAAAUAUUAUAAUACUUUAGAGUUCUGUAUGUAGGCCUAACCAUUUAGAGAUUAAACGCAAAUACGAUGCGAUGACGUCAUCAAUAUGCUAAUUAGCACUAAUGCAAAGAUCUGAUUUGGUCCCGUAUUUCAAAUUCACAAAGUUGGCGAACCCAAUGAGGCUAUAGGUAGUGAAAUCAAACAAAUCUCGUUCUAACCUUUUUAGUGGGCUUACAUAUCAACUAGCAUAGCAUAGAACUACGUAGUUUGCUAGCACUUUCGAAACAAAGCUAGCCAAAGCACUAACCGAACAUUCAAAUGUGAAUUUUUGUACCAGCCGGGGUCCUAAAGGGGACUGGUGUCAAACGGGGGACUCGAUACCUCAUGACACCUGCUCACACCAUUCCAAUAUGGCGGACGACCUAUGUAUAGCGGCCCACAGAAACAGAUGCUAAUGCUAAUUUAUGGUUCUAAUUUGUGUGUGUGUGUGUGUGUGCGUGUGCGUGUGCGUGGGUGGGUGUGCGAAUGUUACAUUAACUAAUAAGAUAAAGACUGUUUCAAAAGAAAAAGAUAAUUUUUUGUGUCUGUUAUGUUAUACUUUAGUUUAUUUAAGGGUUUGAUCAGGGCUUCCAGAAAUGAAUCAUGGUGACUAUAGGUUCUGACCAAAUACUUUUACAAAAACGUCACGUUUCUGACGCUGUGCGUGUGAUUUAAUUUGACUGUAGUAACGCUAACUGUACAAAUGAUUAUAUUUGAAAACCUCGGGAACUGUGGUUACCAUGGUGAUUUUUAAAGUGUUUUAUUAUCUUGCAAAAGCGUUAGGUUAGAAUACAACUGUUGACGCUGUGGCAUGUGAAUAACUGGAAACAGAUUUUUUACUGGUGUUGACUUUGAUUAACUGCCUAUUAGUAUAUGACAUUAUGUAUAUUUGCUUUUCUCAUUUCCUGUUGUUUUUGGAAUGUAUGCGUUUUGUUAUUAUUAAGAUGAGCUGAGAUGUGUGCGAAACGUGAAAGAUACAAACACAAACCAAUGUAAAUGAGGGUCUUCUGUGUCCUUCAUUAGUGGAAACAACACAAAUUAUGAUGCAACUUUUUAUGGUCCCUUAUGAAAAUUUACCAUGGUUUACUACACUUAAAAUUGAAAAACAUGGUUACUGUUGCAAAAUAAUGGUUAUCACAAAUUAACCGUGGUUUUGAGGAAAAAAAACUAGUAAAUGAUGGUAACUGUUGUAAAACAAUGGGUUUGGCCCAAGUUAUCAAUGGUUACUACAAUUGUACCACAAAAAAACAUGGUUGAUUUUCAUAUGGGGUGUAAAUGAAGAGUUUGGUUCCAAAAUGAGAUAACUCUGUUUUUCAUGUUCUUGUGUUUAUUGUGUAUACAUCAAAACAAACCAACUGCAGUAUGAUUAUUAAUUAGAAUGCACAAUAAAAAAAACGAUUUCUCAUUUUGUAACCAAACUCUUCAUAUGUAGAUCUUUUAAAGUUAGGUUGUGUUUUGUCUUGAAUCAUGCAGAAAAGCUUUGGUCUUAACCUCACUCUUUGCUAUAUUAGCAAAUGUGCACAUUUUAAUGAGUAACAGAUUAAAUGCAACAAAAAUA